AUGGCUCGACUAGAUGUCACCGAAACUUUUCAAAACAUCUUGUUUCCAGGGCACAUGCACACUCAAGACUCCCUGAAUUAUGCCACCAAUUUCAAGUUUCAGGACACAGAUACUGUAAUUGUCACCUACCCAAAAUCAGGAACCACAUGGAUGCAGGAAAUCAUCACUCUAAUCCUGAGUAAAGGUGACCCAACUAUAGCCCAAACGCAGCCUAACUGGGCCCGUGCACCGUGGCUUGAACAGUACUACUGCCCGAAAGUCCUGGAAGCCUCUAAGGGGCCUCGAGUUAUAACUACACACCUGCCUUACCACCUACUGGCACCAACCCUGCAAGAUUCUAAAGCAAAGGUUAUCUAUGUGGCUCGAAAUCCCAAAGAUGUGGUUGUGUCCUAUUAUCACUUUCACAAGAUGGCCAACUUUCUGCCUGACCCAGGCUCAUUCUCUGAGUUUCUCAGUGCUUUCCUGAAGGGUACAGUGCAUUAUGGCUCUUGGUUUGAUCACAUCAAGGGUUGGACCAGCCAUGUGAAAGAUGUUCAAAACUUUCUUUACAUCACAUAUGAGGAAAUGUGGAAGGAUCUUCAUGGUUCUCUUGAGAAAGUGAGCCAGUUCCUGAUGUGUUAUUUAACUGAGGAUGAGCUGACCUCUGCUCAGAAGCACUGCAGUUUCAAUAGCAUGAAGGAGAAUGCCAUGGUGAACUACACCCUCAUCGCUCAAGAGAUCAUGGACCACAGGAAGGGCAAAUUCAUGAGGAAAGGUAAAAUCGGAGAUUGGAAAAACAUAUUCACUGAAGAGCAGAGCGACCUCUUUGAUGCCGUGUACUCCUCUCAGAUGGCAGAUGCAUCACUGCAGAUUAAAUGGGAAUGCUAUGAACAUGCUCUACAGCCCAGGAUAACCAUUAAUACUCCUGCAUCCCAUUCACUCAGUGAGACUGUGAAAUGUUUAUAAUACUUUUUUUACCAUAUUUAUAUGUGUAUAUUUUUUUACAUUUAAUUAUUUCUGUUUUGUUCUUGUUAUUUAUAUAAAUUUAACCUUUAAGGUCUAAAAAGAAAAGUGAUAUAACAACACUGAAUAUAUUCACCUUUAUUUUUCUAUAUUUGUGUAGGUGCUACAUGCUAUUUUCUUAGUCAACUGCAUUUAUUUUACUGAGCUGGAAUUUUAAUAAUGUUGCUGUGCAGAUGUAAUUUAUGCAUACAUAAUU